AUGUGCACCAACAACAACUCCGAUAAUGGCUUGGUUCUUGGUGAGAAGGCACCCCGCCUCAUCGAAAUGAUUAAGAACCAUCCUUGCCCAUUUGAUGAAUACAUCUUGCAAGAAGAAUACGUCAGUGAUUGGGUUACUAUCGAUGCAUUCGACGAUACGGAAGUAUAUGAAGAGGUCAACGAAGAUUACGAUGAAGCCGAGGAAACUAUGCACAGCACACAAAAGUCUCAACACGAGGAGGAACCAUUUGAUGAGCUUAUUCGAAAUUGGGCAUUAAAAACAUACCAAACACAUCAAGCUCUAAAUGGACUAUUAGAAAUUUUACGUAAAAAAACGGACUACCAGCUGCCGAAAGAUGCGCGCACGUUGCUUAAGACAAGGCAAUGUGGAAAAGAAACGUACCCUAUAGCAGGGGGAGAAUUUAGGUUCCCUGGGGUACGAUCGGUUCUCAAGGAUCACUUUCGCGAUGUGCCACCAAGAGUCAGCAAAUUUUCGUUGAACUUUUCGAUUGAUGGACUUCCACUGCACAAGAGCACUCGAAAACAGUUUUGGCCCAUAUUAAUGAGCAUUCAAGAAAUGCCGGAAGUUCCAGUAUUAAUGGUUGGCAACUUUUUUGGUGAAUCGAAACCAAAGAGUGUUGAGGAAUAUCUGCGUCCGCUUGUCGACGAGCUAAAUGGGUUGAUGGAUAAUGGCAUUGUAAUAGCCAAUAAGCCAAUCGAAAUACACGUAAGAGCUUUCAUCGCGGACUCACCAGCACGAGCAUUCAUAAAAGGUUCAGUUUACUUCAACCACACACAUGGUUGCCAAAAAUGUACGGUACAAGGAAGAUAUCACAGCGCACACCGAGUUACAUGUUUCCGGGGAAUGGAUCAUCCAGCAAGAACGCAUGAAGAUUUCGUCCAAUCAAAUUACGGAGCACAUCAUCGGGAAAAUACGCCUCUCAUGGAUCUUAAGAACUUUGACAUCAUAAAGCAGAUUAUUAUAGCAGAUCGUUUGCACCUCUUUGACUACGGCCCGACGGAAGCCGUUGUCCUCCAGUAUGAACAGCAGCAACAACACCACAAGAUGCUGUCCCCACUGUUGCAGCCGACGGCAACCGUUGCUCUCCGGUGGCAGCGACAACACCUCUGGAUGCUGGCACCACCGUUUCUGCCGACGGCAACCGUUGUCCUCUGGCGUGUACAACACUUCCUGGCGGACGAGCAGUAA